AUGUCAAAUGGGCUUCAUAACCAUGGGUUGCAACAUUUGGGGAAAAAAUUGAAAUCGAUUCUCACUUUCUCCGAUCUCUCUCUCGCGAGUCGCGAGUCCCUCUCCGUUCUCCGCCUCGUUUCCCCGUCUCUGGAGCCGUGUCUCUCCGUCUCGACCCUCCUCUCUCUGCUUGGACUCUCCGUCUCUCACUCUAUCUUGUCUUCGAUUCGCUUCAGCCUUCAAAGUCUCGGCUCUCUCACUCUCCUAGAUCGAAGAAGCUCUCUCGUCCCGCCUCUCACUCUCGCGUCUGAAUCGUCUCCAUCCGAAGAACCGUCUCCGGCUCCGGCUCAAGCUCUCGUCUCUCAGCUUGAGUCUCACUCUCCUGGAUCGAAGAACAUUCGACUCUUUCUUUCAGUGAUUGUAUUUAUGAUUGUGAAGCUGUAUGGAGUUUACAAGAAGAAGAAGAGUACUAGUGCUCAGAGUUCACAAGAAGCAGAAACAGAUGCUUUACCAGUUGGUUACGGUGGCUUUUAUGCGUUCUUCACUCAACAAGCAGGAACAGGGAAAUCUGCUUUGGAUGUGUAUUUAAGUGAACCUGUGCUUGAUAUGUUAGCAAAUACAAAAUUAGAUGUCAUCAAGUACUGGAAGGGAAACUCAAGCCGGUUUAAGGAGCUGUCUCAAAUGGCAUGUGAUGUUCUAUGCAUCCCAAUAACAACAGUGUCAUCUGAGUCAUCCUUUAGUGUUGGAAAUAGGGUUCUCAGCAAGUACAGGAGCCGACUUCUCCCAUCAAAUGUUGAAGCUCUGAUCUGUGCUAGAAACUGACUUCGUGGUUAUGAAGUAAUUGGUGGAUGCGAUUUGGAUGAGGAAGAUAAGGAAGACUUAGAUGAGGAAGCAGAAGAAAGUGGAAAGAAAAGGACUCGACUCAACUAAAGGAGAGGCUGAAGAUAAAGAAGAAGAGACCAUCGUUUACUUAAUGCUUUAGAUUUUUUUUCUGUGUAUGAACUUUAAUAUAUGAAAUUGUCUAUGCUUUGGAAUGUGUAAAACAUUUGAAUUGCUUAUGCUCUGAAUUUUUUUUAAGCACAAGUUAUGUUUU